UGAGAAUCUCUUCUCCGCCGAGUAAGUUCAUUCCACGUUUGAGUCGAUUUUACAAAUUUCACCAGACCACUUCUUGAUUCACCUACAAUAUUCACCGUCCAAAGUAAAUGUAAUUAACUUAGGAAUCCAUAAUUUUUACAGCACACAUGGGGAGUAGAUGGAGCAGCAGGCAGAAGGGACGAACAAGAACGUGAGAGCGACAGCAUUUGUCCUCGUAAGAUGCAAACAAUUCAAAGAAAAAAAAUGAAUUAAAAAGAAAAAAAAAUUGAGAAAUUCCCAUCUCCUCACAGGUCUCAUGGCUGCCUGUCUCCCUCCCAAUCCGAUCUUAUCGUACCAUUGAAAUCAGUUCCCUUCCCCCAUUUCUCCACCUGCCCAACGAAAGCGAAAACGAUUAAAAAUACAGCACCCGGGAAAACGUCAAACCAUCUGGCCAUUCCCCGAAAGUUUCCCGAGAAAUCGAGUGGACAGCUUCUUUCUAGUCCGCCGGAAAGGGACAGCCAUUGAAGAAAACUGGAGGAGGAGAGGGCUUCUUGAUUUGCCUUGGUGGAGCCUUGGAGGAGAUUUUUCCGCUUUCCCCCCCGCGUUCAAGCUGAAAUCGUUGAUCCCAGGCCACGAGUUUGCGUAUGGUAAUCAAAAGCUCUAAUCUUGGAGGAGGGGCCGGAACCGGGUCAAAUCGCUAAUCGCACACCAUCUGUUCGAGGAUAUGUCUCAACCGGGGAAAAGAUUGUUCUGUUGGUGAAUUUUUCCCCGUUUUUCGUGGCUCUGGUAUCGUUCUGGAAUUGUAGAGAGAAAGGGACGGAGGAAGAGGGGCUCCUUUUGGCGGUUUGUGUGACGUGGUUUGCUAUUUGCUGUGAGAGUUAACCGGGCACAUUUCUUUUCCCUUCUCUGCUUACUGAAACGCGCCUUUUGUUUUCUUUCGUUCUCCUCUAUAUCUUUUCCUCUUCUUCCUUCUGUUUCCUUUUCUUUGUUUUUCCAUCUUCCUGCUCUCUGCCCACCAACUGCUUGAACAAAUUCCUCAAUGAAUAGCAUCGUUCAUUGGAAGUGGGAAAGUGAAGGCACGGAACAGAAGUGAAUUGGGUUUUUGUUGGGGAAGCCCUGUUACCAUAGAUUUGAUAAGGAAUCGAUACAAUCAAAGCGAUCGCCUGAUCCGCUUCACAAGGGAGAAAAUAUCAAAAUACUGUUGCUUUGAGUCAGAGGCUUGUAGAAUCAAAUCAUGGAUGGUCCUUACGAUGAUCAAGAUGAAGGACGAACCAACUCCAAUCUCCAGAUAAUCAAGUACUCACCAUUCCAGCCCUCCAGAUACUCAUCACCAUGGCUGGAACUCAGAGUCUUUUACGUCAGAAUCAGCAACUUCCAGGUCGAUGGCACAACACCAGAGUUCCUCACAAUCAACCACAUCCCUCUAAGCCCGGACACCCUCCUCGAAGUCAAUGGUGUUAGAAGCAGUAUCUACUCCGAUGGCGCCCCAUUGCUGCUUCGAAGGGACCGAGUAGACAAGAAAUCCGAAGAAGUCACAUUUGUUAGCACGGAUAGCAUCAGAACUACAGGGAGUGUGAAAUUCGACGUGUUCGAUAAGGAUGAUCUCGUCCUUUCUGGUACUAUGGAGAUGUCCAACAGCAAUGGCUUCACUGGGGAAUGUAAAGGCAGUGUGAAGCGGUGGAGCAUGAAGUGUGAAUCAGAGGGUGCCACUAGCUUCUUGAGAGGGAAACAUGUUAAUGGUUCUUCAGAGAAUACAUCACUCCCGGCCAUAGAAGUCUAUGUGACCGGGUGCUUCUCCGGGACGCCGAUCAUAUUGACCAAGACUCUGCAGCUUAGUUACAGGAAGAAGCAUAACAGGAAGGGGCAAUUGGAUUCAAUUCCUGAGGAUGAAACCACUUAUCCUCAGAAAGUCGAGUCAGCUCACGAUGAUGAUUUACAGGUGGCAGAGUACAGAAGCUACAAACUGGAGAACGAGGAAGAUUACAACAUGUACUGGAGGAGAACAGAGUUUAUGGAUGGUGAAGACGGUGAGCUCUCCUGGUUCAAUGCCGGUGUUAGGGUUGGUGUCGGUAUUGGGCUAGGCAUCUGCGUCGGGGUUGGCAUUGGGGUCGGUCUGUUGGUACGAACCACCCGCAACUUCAAAAGGAGGCUCCUGUGAUUGGACCAUUAUCCCAAAAUGGUUAGCUAGCUAACUUUUCCAAUGGUUUGCAAAGAUGGUUUGGGUUUUCUUCUGACUGCAAGAUUUUGACUAAGAGAGAGUUAGUAGGGCACUGUUUAUUUGGCAGCUGACAGAGGAACAGAUAAGACUACCACUCCGUAUUCGUCUUUGUUUUUUCUUCUCUCAUAAGGCCUGUAAUAUUAAACACCCUUCUGUAAGGUAGGAGAAAGUGUUAUAUGACAGACAGUAGUAAUUAGUGUAUGUAAACCCUUGGAAUUCCAGUCAUUCUAAUUUUAUACACUGUUCAGAGCUCUGUAAAUAAAUUCUGGUGUCUUGUCUUUCCAGCAAUGUAUUAGAGUACUUAUAUAGCAAAAACAUGAGCAACUUGCAUCACAUGACAGCGUGCAGAAUAUGCAAUUGGGAGCUAAUACUGUAAUACACUGAUGACUGAACCAAAUACAGUUACAGCAUCACCUGCUGGAAUGUGAGUCUCCAGAAUCUCAUUAGUCCAACAUCAUCAACUUCAAAAAGAUGACAUAGUCAUCACUGAUAUCCUCCAUCUGAUUCGUCAGUCCCCCAAGAACCCUAAAGAUCUCCCCUGAAUUCUUCUCCUCCAAGCAAUCCCCUGCCACGAACUUAUGGAACUUCUUCUUCACCUCAAUCCAGCUCCGCCCAGCAGCUUUCUUCAACCCUUUACUCCUCGCAGAGGCUCUCUCCUUGGCAGAAUCCUCCCACUUACCACUACCUGCAUAUAUAUUCAUCAUCAACGUACAGCUCCAAGGACGCUCAGAUACAAGACUUGACAUUCGAGACACAACAUUCUCUGCAAAAGUCGUGUUAGUAUGCAUUUUACAUGAGUUCAACAGAGCACCCAACACACAAUCAUUAGGCUCCAUCGGCAUCUUCUUAACAACUUCGCUUGCCUCUUCAAGGAAACCUGACCGACCCAACAAAUCCACUGUGCAAGCAUAGUGCUCCAUCCCUGGUUCAAUUCCAUACUUGGAAACCAUAUUAUUAAAAAGCAAACGGCCUUGGUCAACAAGUCCAGCAUGACUACAAGCUGAGAGAAUCGCAACAAAGGUUAUCCCAUCCGGCUGAUGGCCAGAAGUGAUCAUACGAUCAAACAUCUGUAGAGCUUUGAUGCCAAGUCCAUACAUCCCAAAUCCUUUGAUGAUGGAGUUCCAUGAAAUCACAUCUUUACCCUCAGUUCUCUCAAACACUAAAUGGCCUUCCUUCAGGUUCCCACAUUUCAUGUACAUAUCAACCAAGCUGUUUGAAACAAGAAGCUCGUUGCUCAGGAAUGUUCUUAUCAUGUAUCCAUGGAUUUCCUUCCCGAGAUUCAGUGCUGAUAACUCUGCACAUGCUGACAAAACGCUGCAAAUCAUGACAGCAUUUGCUGUCACGUUGGCGGCACUAUGCAUUCGUCGGAAGAGAUUCAGUGCCUCUUCUUCUCUCUGAUUCGUGGCAAAGCCACUUAUUACAGCACUCCAGCUAACUAUAUCAGGUCUCUCCAUCUGCGAGAAAAUUUCGAAAGCUUCGUCACAUAAGCCGGCAUCAGCAUAAGAUGUUAUCAAAGCGUUCCAGCUUACUGUGUUCUUGUUUCCAAUCUCCUGGAACAAGGUCUGCGCUUCAGUUACAUUUCCACUCUUGCCAUACAAGCAUAUCAGGGAAUGAUUCACGAACAAGUAAUCCUGGAAACCAUCCUUUAUAACAUGACAAUGAAUCGCCUUUCCUAUACGAAAUGCACCGAGAUCGGGACAGACUGACAAGAUGACGGCAAGUGCUUCACCAUUCACCCCAAUUCCCUUCUUCCGCAUCGAACUGAACAGCUUCAUGGUUUCUAGACUUAACCCGCAACGCGCAUGGCUUGAUAGGAGAGACGUCCAUGUCACGAGAUUAGGUUCCAAUCCUUCGGUCUCCAUCCUUCGAAAGAUAUCAAGGGCAGCAACAGCAUCACAAUUGAAGGAAUACCCGGAAACCAUCAUAUUCCAUGACAGAGUGGUUCUAACACGCAUUCUCUCGAACACUUUGCGUGCAUCAACCAUCCGUCCCAGUUUCGCAUACAUCCCGAUCAACUCAUUCGAAACGUGGAGAUGGGUUCGGAAACCAGCCUCAAUAGCAUGAGAAUGAACAAUCUGACACAGUCUAGAACUCUUGCUGCUUCGACAACCCAGGUUUCUACACGCCCGAAUCACCAAAGGGAUAGUGAAACCAUCGCCUAAAUUUCCAAACUUGCGCAUUCUAGCAUACAAAUUGAGAGCGUUUUCAUACCACUCACCGGAGACAUUAGCUCUGAGAAUCGAAUUCCAAAGAAUCGGGUUGGAAGAGCAAUCCGAUUGGCUCUGAGAAUCAAACACCAUCUGGGCAUCCAAGAGACGGCCAAAACGAGCGUACGUAGAUACCAGUUGGGAAGCCAGGAAACCGGAGCCAGUGCUUCCGGUAACGGUGGCCUGCGCGUGAACCUGCUGGCAUUGCUGAACCCUAGAGCAACCUCGAAGAAGGCCGUCCAAGGAAUCGAGUGACUCGCUACGGUUGGUGCCGAAAUAGCGGGGGGAAGAAGAGACCGAGAGACGGCUGGGUUUGGAAGCAUAAUGAUGAAUGAGAUGUUGAGAAGAAGCACGGACAUGACGCAUGGAAGAAGCAUGAAGU